GAAAUGGCUGGCGUAUUGCUGGCGGGUAGCGGCCCGGAGUCAGAAGCCAUGGCAUCGGGGCGUAGCAGCUGGGUGGCCGAGGAGGAGCCAGCGCCCCUGGAGAAAGGUUUGUUCCAAGAUGAAGACUCAUGCAGUGACUGUAGUUACCAUGCAGGAACUAGUUUACGAAGUUUUGUACUAGAAGGAAAAACUCCUUUCCCAGAAAUUUUCCAAACAAGUCAACUUUUGUUCUAUGAGCGAUUCAGUGCCUAUCAAGAUUACAUUUUAGCUGACUGCAAGGCCUCUGAGGUAAAGGAAUUUACAGCUGAGUUCUUGGAGAAGGUCCUUGAACCAUCUGGAUGGCAGGCAGUCUGGCAAACUAGUGUGUUCAAGGUGCUGGUUGAGAUCACAGAUGUGGACUUUUCAGCCUUGAAGGCAGUGGUGAGGCUUGCUGAACCACACCUCUGUGAGUUUCAAGUGAGCACCUUUACCUUGGAGUGUGUGAAAGAGCUCCUCGAUCUGAAGGAGCAUCAGCUGCCCCUACAGGAGUUGUGGGUGGUAUAUGACGAUUCUGGAGUAUUUGACCAGACAGCACUUGCAAUUGAGCAUGUCAGAUUUUUCUACCAAAACAUUUGGAGGAGUUGGGAUGAAGAGGAGGAGGAUGAGUACGAUUAUUUUGUCAGAUGUGUUGAGCCUCGUUUGAGAUUGCAUUAUGACAUUCUUGAAGACCGUGUUCCCUCAGGACUUGUUGUUGACUACCGCAAUCUGUUGUCUCAGUGUGAGGAGAAUUACAGGAAAUUUUUAAAUCUGAGAAGCAGUUUAUCAAAUUGUAACUCUGACUCUGAGCAGGAAAAUAUCUCCAUGGUGGAAGGGUUAAAACUGUAUUCUGAGAUGGAACAGUUGAAACAAAAGCUAAAGCUCAUCGAGAAUCCUUUGUUAAGGUAUGUGUUUGGUUAUCAGAAGAAUUCUAAUAUCCAAGCGAAAGGCAUUCGUCCAGAUGGUCAGAAGGUCACUCACGUGGUCUCCUCUGCCCUGAUGACCGGCCUGCUGAGGACCCUGCUCAACGACAGGCUCUGCCAGGAGGAAACAGAAAUUCAGUUCCAUAGGGAUCCGUUGUCUGCUAUAAAUGCCUGCUAUGAAGGUGACACUGUUAUUAUUUGUCCUGGCCACUACAUAGUAAAUGGCACGUUCUCCAUUGCUGACUCCAUUGAGUUGGAAGGAUAUGGUCUACCGGACGAUAUUGUGAUAGAAAAGAGGGGCAAAGGUGACACUUUUGUGGACUGCACAGGUGCAGAUAUUAAAAUCUCAUGCAUAAAAUUUGUUCAGCAUGACGCUGUAGAAGGAAUCUUAAUCAUUCACCGUGGUACGACAACUUUGGAAAACUGUGUUCUGCAGUGUGAAACCACAGGAGUCACAGUGCGAACGUCAGCAGAAUUUUUAAUGAAGAACUCGGAUUUAUAUGGUGCCAAGGGUGCUGGUAUCGAAAUAUAUCCUGGGAGUAAGUGUAUCUUGACCGACAAUGGCAUCCAUCACUGCAAGGAAGGGAUCCUUAUUAAGGACUUUUUAGAUGAACAUUAUGACAUUCCCAAAAUAUCCAUGGUGAAUAAUAUUAUACAUAAUAAUGAAGGUUAUGGCGUUGUCUUGGUGAAACCUACAAUUUUCUGUGACCUGCAAGAAAAUGCCCAAGAUGAAACUGAAGAAAAUAGAGCACUUAAACUUCAGACAAGUGGAGAGGCUGAUGUAGCUGGAAGAGUGGGUCUGGAAGAGCUGGUUCAAUGUGCAGCUGGUCAAAUGGAGCUUCAUGAAAGAGCCGACCUUUCUGAGCCAGUCGGGGGAAAUUGUGAAAUAAUAAAUGAACUAGUUGCUGCCUCUACCCAAAAAGGCCAGAUGAAGAAGAAAAGGCUGAGUGAGCUGGGGAUCACACAGGCUGAUGACAACCUCAUGUCACAGGAGAUGUUUGUCAGAAUUGUGGGGAAUCAGUUCAAGUGGAAUGGGAAAGGAAGUUUUGGGACAUUUCUUUUCUGAUCACAAUAAUGUAAAUAGAUAGCAAAAUACUGGAUUUUGCACACGCUGCCCUGAGAAUCAUUGCUGCCAUUGUAGUCUGCUUCAUGUCCUUGAUUGGGCUUGAGUGAAAUGUAGACUUAUUGCUAUUUGCAGGUGUGCACACAAAGCACUCCUUUAUAAGAAAGAUCAUAAAAAUACAUAAGAUAGAAGAUAUUUGG